GCAGUGCAAUUGUUCAGUCGGCACCGUAACAUUCCACGUGACUGUCACUCAGCAGUCACCUGCAGCCGUUUCCAUGGAUACCUACCAGAUCACAAUGAAGCCCUUGCAGGCCCAGUUGCGGGUCUGUCUUGAGGAAGUGGAAGAAGAGGGUCUCCUUGUGUCCUGGACUUUUUCCAAGCAACCUCAUCUCUCUUUAACCGUAACACCAUGCCAAAGAGUCCAGAAAGAGGGCUCUGAUGUGGAAGUGGACAGUGAAAUGAUUGCGGCGCUGGUGGAGGACACACUGUACACAACACACCCUGCCAUGAUCCUCAACCUGAGAGCCUGUGUAUCAAGCCCUGCGGUAAAAAAUACCAGUAUCGAUUGCUAUAUCGCACAGUAGGGGUUAUGACCAUGUAAUGGGUCAGUGUGUUGACCAAGGUUUCUGCAGGCCUUAAA